AUGAGUGAGCUUUCGCUCAGAAAUAUUUGUUGCGAUUUUUACUUGGGAAAACCAAAUGCUAUUAAUAAACAAAUUACAAAAAGCACUAUUCAUUUGCCAACAAUAAGGAUUUUUGGCAUCUUAGAAUCGGGACAAAAAUGUUGCGUCCAUGUACAUGGCGUUUUUCCUUAUAUUCUUCUCAGCCUGGAUACUCCUGUUACAACGGAAAUUAUUCAAGAAAUUUCAUCUAUGGUGAAUACCAUAAUUAGUCGAAGGGAUGCUCGUUUUGCAAGCGGGGAAUCGGCCAUUAACUCCAUUGAACCAUCCGCGACCAAGUCGAUUUACGGAUAUUAUAAAGAAGUAACAAGUUUUGUUAAAAUAUCGUUUUAUUCUCCGUUUCAUGUAAACAUAGUUUCGCACGCUCUUCAACAAGAAGCUUUUUCAAACAUGUCUUUUCAAGUACAUGAAGCUCAUGUGCCUUACUUACUCCAGUUUUUUAUCGAUCACUGUUUGUUUGGUAUGGAUUUAGUGCAUUUACGGUCCGUCAAAUACCGCAUAUCUCCCAGAGCAGGACUUGCAGGUGUUUGUAACCCCGGACUGAAUUAUAUAUGGAAAGAUGAGGAACGACGAUGUCGUCAAAGAGGAGUGGAAUUGAAAGCCGAGUCUUCUCAGCAAGAUAGACCAGCCACAGUGAAUGAUACAGAACGAGGUUGGCUAAAACAGCUAAAAGAUAUCUGUAAAAAGUUUACAUCUUUUUCAAGCGAUGAAACACAUAGUUCGUCCUUUUGGCGUGACUCAACCCUAUUUAAUGACACUAUUAAUGAAUUUGAUAGGACCCUGUCGUUGAAUGAAAGAGCUCUAGAUGCAACUUCUGUUGAAUGUGCAGUUUACAGCGAUAACCUUGAAGAAUGGCCAGAGAACGAAAAAGAUGAAAUAAACACUUCUUUCGAAGUUAACAAAGAAAAUGAAGAAGCAAACGAAAUGUCGCAACCACUAUUUUCCUUGUACACUACUUCUGGAAGUGGAACUGAUGCAGCUCCUGCUGAGAGCACGAUGGAGAAGGCUUGCUUGAGCGAUACUUCUGACAACACUUCAUGUAUAUCUCAUGCUUCUUCAUCUGCAGAUAUAUUUCAGGUUGGACAAACUGAUAAGGCCGGUUUUGGAGACUCUAAAAAAUUUGAUCAUGAAAAAAUUGACGAUUUAGACUCUCAUGACGAUAAUUCGUUACUUUCGAAUUCAUCUGGGAGUUUUGACCUUUUCGAUGAGGACCCACCAGAUAGUCCUCUUAAUAAAUUUUGGAUGGGACACCAGUCUUAUACUCUUCCUUUGCAUCCAUCUACGGAACCACCAGUCAAAAUUAAAAAAUUUUCGCAGUUGCCAUCGUGCCAGAAAAAAGAGGCUGACUGGAACCGACGACUGGAUUCCCAUAAGGAGAUAUCUAAUUCAAAGGAUGAGGAGCGGGACUAUUUUAAUCCUGACCCGCGAACUUUGUAUGAAGCUGACAUCGGUAGUCUUAUCACGCCAUGUACUUCCAGCAUUGGUGGCCUUUUUGAGUUUGGGCAGUCUGAACCAGAAAAUAUCUUUCACGGGAUUGUGAAGAAGUACCGGAACUAUAAGAACAUUUCUUCAGGAGAGUGGCUCAUUCCUACUUCCUUGUUAACCUUACAGAAACCAGCUUUCCAUUUGAAGGAUUUACGAGGUUUGCAUGAUGAAGGGGAAAAACUGACUUCAUUUGGCAACAGCAGCAACUCAGAAACGUCACUUAUGAGGAGUGAUGCAUUACUAGACAAUCCCAAAAAAAUUCUUAAUACAUCGUCACUUGAGUCUUGGUGUGAACCAAGCUUUUUUAACUACAGUGCAAACAGAGAAAGACUAGAAGCUACCGCAUUGGUUCCUGAAGACCCACUUUCAAAUCCUGAUGAGGCCAAUGUUGACAUUAAGAAUCUCUGUGUUCUAUCAAUGGAAGUCCUAGCUCGCGUGCCCCAAAAUCACAGAGCUGCGGAUCCUCAAGAUGACCAGGUUAGUCCAUUAAAUGUUUUGGGUAUUUUUUGUUGUGUUGCCACGGAUAUCUGUAUGAAAGACCACCAUGUAGAUGAUGAGGUCGCUUUUUUGAAUAACGUUGAUCCUGCUUAUUUUUCCUUUGACUUUCGUGUUCACUGCUACCAAACUGAAGCUGAAAUUCUGGAUGCUCUUGUUGAACUUAUGCGAAGGUAUGAUCCUGAUAUUGUUCUGGGGUAUAAUGCUCUACGAAACUCUUGGGGAUAUCUCAUUGAAAGGUCUAUUGUUUUGGGUAGAAACUUGCUCUCCGAACUGUCUAGGUAUAAAGUUGACAUAUAUGAAUACUGGCGUCCUGAAGUUCCAACGUUCAAUUUUGAUCCCACUCCACGCGGUCGAAUUUUGAUAAACUUUUGGAGAGUGCUUCGUGGCGAGUCAUACACACUUUCAAAUAUAGUGCAGAAUGUUCUGGGUAGACGGUUUCCUGAAUAUUCGCUUGCUCUUUUAGGUGAAUGGCUCACCUCGCAACAAAAAUUCCUUGUAAGGACUGCAGUUCGGCACAUGAUGUUAUCAGUGCGAUUGAGCCUUCGAGUUUUGUGUCAACUUGAUUUCUUUACACGGGUAGCAGAAAUGGCUCGAGUGUAUGGGAUACAAGCGAGAUUUCCUACUGAAAUUAUUUUGCAGUUUAGCGAAGUUUUGUCACGAGGUUCGCAAUUUCGUGUUGAGUCUAUGUUACUUCGACUAGCCCGUCAGAACAGUCUUGCUGCUGCAUCAGUUAGCCCUGCCCAGAGAAAUGCGAUGCCUUCACCAGAAACUCUUGCAUUAAAUAUGGAGCCGGAAUCUGGCCUUUAUCGUGAUCCUGUAAUCGUUCUUGAUUUCCAGUCACUUUAUCCUUCUGUCAUGAUUGCAUACAAUUACUGUUUCUCUACAUGUCUUGGGCGAGUUACCAACAUUCGAGAGGUGUCCGAAAAUGGGAACUUGGAUAGCAUGCAGAUUGGAGCACUGCGGUACACUCUACCGGUUUCACAGUUAAUAGAAAUGAUUAGAAGUGAUCAGAUACACAUUUCACCAGUGGGUGGUGUUUUUUGCAAGAAAGCAGUUCGCAAAGGUGUGGUACCAAUGAUGCUUGAAGAAAUCUUAAGCACUAGAAUAAUGGUAAAGAAAGCGAUCAAAGAUUACAAGGAAAACCCGAGACUAGGAAGAAUAUUGGAUGCUCGGCAAUUGGCGUUGAAAAAUAUCGCAAAUGUCACAUAUGGGUAUUCAGCUGCGAACUGGAGCGGGCGCAUGCCUUGUGUAGAAGUUGCUGAUGCGAUAUUGAGCAAAGGAAGAGAAGCACUGGAGAGUGCCAUAGUAAUGGUGAAUUCCGGGAAAUACGGUAAAGCAAGGGUUAUAUACGGUGACACAGAUAGUCUUUUUGUCUUAUGUCCAGGUUCAUCUCGUGCCGAAGCGUUUGAGAUUGGAGAACGCAUUGCAGACGACGUUACGGCGACAAAUCCAAACCCCAUGAAGUUAAAAUUAGAGAAAGUCAUGCACCCUCUUAUUUUGGAAAGUAAAAAACGAUAUGUCGGUAUGAGUUACGAAAAGACUGAUGGCGAAGGUGUUUUUGACGCGAAAGGAAUCGAAACUGUUAGACGGGAUGGUUGUCCUUUAGUAGCCAAGGUUCUGGAAAAAGCUUUGCGCAUUGUUUUUCGCAAUGAUGUUCCUGCCUUGGUACGAUAUUUAGACCUCCAGCUCUCAAACUUGGAGAAGCUACCAUUAACGGAUUUCAUAUUUAGCAAGGAAUACAGGAAGCAUUAUGCUGAAAGUGCUGUAGUACCAGCGAAGAAAAUUGCAGAAAGAAGACGCGCUGUAAAUCUUAGAGACGAGCCAGAAGCUGGAGAGCGAGUUCCGUACCUCAUUGUAGCGGGUCCGCCAAGCGCAACUUUAAUUUCUUGUGUCCGAGAACCUUGGGAAUUCGCUUCUGACAGCUCCCUACAUAUUAAUUAUGAAUAUUAUGUACAUCGACACGUUCUACCAUCUCUUCAUCGGGCUCUUGAGACUGUGCCACUUAAAUUUACUUGGCACCGCCCUGCAACUGGCGACUGUUACGGUUCCUUCCAACAGCAAGUCACAAUAUCUAAACUUCUAGGUGCUCACGGAGUUGUUAUGGACUACUCAAACUGUUUAAAUUUAUCCUGCCUCGUAACUCAAAAACGCAUUAGUCUUCGCAGGUCGAAAGUUCCCGAAGCCGUGAAGUGUCAUCAUCUUUGUGACAGCGGAACACGCUUACUCUUCUAG